AUGAUUUCCACAAUAAUUCUUCGAAGAUUCUCGCAUGCCGUGCCAAGCACUUCGAAAAUGUACAUAGAUUAUUCAUUUUCCGAUGAAAUUUUGAGGAAAAAUAACAAUGAAAUUGUAAACAAAUCGAUGAAAUUUAUGAGCACAAUAUUUGAAGAUGGGAAACUUUUGAGCGAAAAGAAACAAAUGAUUUAUAGCACCAGAAGAAUGUUAGAACGUAGUUUUCAAAAUAAUGGAAUGAUUCUUGUACCAAUUGGAAGUGCUUCAAAUCAAUUAUUGAGUUCGAAUUCGGAUUUAGAUGUGGUAAUUUUUUUUCGAAAUUCUUAGUUUUUGAAACGUUGUUAAUAAAACCAGAAAAAUCAGAAAUGAAAUAAAACAAAACACGUGAAAUAUUUUUUAAGUUUAGACGUAGCGACAUGAGUUUUCAUUUUUAUUUUUUUUCAAUUUAAAUUCAUUCAGAAAUAAAUACAUUUUUAGGUUCUUCUACCUUCAAAGGAUACGGAAAAAUGCAAAAAGUUUUUAGAAAGAUUCAACAAAAAUGAGUUUUUCAGAACGUGAGUUGUAGAUAUCUUCAAAAAUACGUCUUAUAUUCCUUUUUUAUUCAGAAGUUACAUGAAUGAUGUUCGAGAUAUAAUAAAACGUAAUAAAAUAUCAAAAAGCGCAAUAUCUUCGAUUCGAAAUGCAAAAGUUCCAUUAGUUAUGUUUCAAGCAAAAAAUGGAAUUCAUGUUGAUAUUCAAUUCGGAAAUAUCGAGCCAAUUCGAAGUUCGUUGUUUGUUAGAACUUGUGUUGAGGUAAAGGAGGAUAUUCCAAUUUUCAAGUAAAAUUAUAACUAUUCAAUAAUUUCCAGUUUGAUGAGCGAGUUCGGCCAAUUAUUUUAUGGAUGACUCAAAAAUUUCUGGAUGUCGGUAUUCUUGACAGUAAAAAUGGGUUUUUCUCAAAGUAUCAUGUCAAUUCUCUCGUUUUGCAUUUUCUCCAGGUAAGUGAAUAUGGAUUUUCAAUAAUUGAGAAAAACUUAUUUCUUUUAGACAAUGCCCUAUCCUAUUUUACCCGAUAUUAUCAAACUUUCCCCUUGGCUCGAUAAAAGUUGUAAAUAUUGGAAUGCUGUUCAAGUUCUUGGAAAACAGGUAAAAAAAUGUUUGAAAAAAUUUUUUUUAGAUGAAAUUUAAAAAAAAAUUAGUUUUUCAGGGUUCUUUGUAUAUUCCUUCAAAUGAAAUUCCAAAUGAGCUAAACUUUGGGGAAGUUAUUGUACAGAUGAUCGACUAUUUUUCGCAGAUUGAUUUUAACAAAUGUGCCAUAGAUACACGCGGAAACUUGCUAGAAAGGUGAGUCACUUUUUUUCGGGAAAUUUUGAAGGCCGAUUCUGAUUAUGAAAAAGUGGGCUUUUUGCGGCAAUUCGGACUGAAAUAUUGGGACUGGUUCAAAAUAUCCAGUUUUCCGAAAAAUCGAACUUGAACAAUUGCAGAUCCGAUUUGACAUCGUCUUUCCAAUUAAUCGAUUCAUAUUUCUCGAUUCCAACAACAUGUCGGGUUUUGAAUGCUUCAAAUGUUCUCAAAAGUUUUUUCGCUUCUCAUAAAUUAAAUCUUGAAAAAAGCGAGUUUGAUAAAGUGUUUUGUUAGUAAUUUUUAUUUUUAUUCAAAAAAAACAUUCAAAGGGUUUGAAAUCCCUCAUUUUAUUUGAAAAAUACGAAGUUCAGAUUAAAAACAUUUAUGUUCAGAUGAAACGAGUUUUGAGGCCACCUGAAUGUGUUCGUGGAAUGAUGAAACUGGAAAAAUCAAAAUUUGAAACAUCAAUCGAUUUUCCAACUUUGAGAAUUGCAACAGAAGAUAUUUCUUUAAUCACAAGAAGAGUUCGAUUGGAAAAAUAUCUAAUUGGACAUAAAUUCAAGGAAUUGAAAAAUAUCAUGAAUUCAAGUAUUGAGUCAGAAAAGUUUCUAGUAUUCCAUCCAGAAAAAGUUGAGAAUCAAGAAACUAAGUCAGAAAUUCUGGCAUUACUUCAAAAUGAGCUUGGAGAAGAGAAAGUGAACAAUUUGGAAUGGUCAGAAAUGCGAAAAGUUUUGACAUUUGAUAAUUGGGAUCAAAAAAGUCUAAUUAAAUCGAUCCUUCCGGAAAAUUUGGAUUAUAGUAGUUAUACUCAAACUGGACAUAUUGUACAUUGCAAUUUUGCUGAUAAUAUUCUUCCAUAUCGAUUUAUUUUAGCUGAUAUUUUAUUGAACAAAGUGAAACAAUGUCGAACUGUUGUGCAAAAAGGUUCAUCAAUCACAAAUAUUUAUCGAAAUUUGGAUCUUGUUUUGUUAGCCGGAGAAGAAGAUUAUAUAACUGAAUUGAAAGAAGAUGGAUUGAGAUUCAAAUUGGAUUUUAGUAAAGUUUAUUGGAAUUCUCGUUUGAGUCAAGAACAUUCGAGAUUAAGUUCGAAAUUCGAUCAAUUUUCAAUUGUUUAUGAUAUUUGUUGUGGAAUUGGACCAUUUGUAUUACCAGCUUGGAGAAAGAAAAAACCGAGAAGAAUUUUGGCAAAUGAUUUGAAUCCGGAUAGUGUGAAAUGGUUGAGGAAAAAUAUUGAGAUUAAUAAGGUGAGAUUUUCAAUUUUUUUUUAAAUUUUCUGAGUUCCGAAACUUUCAGAUCAAAUCUGAUGCCAUUGAAGUUUAUAAUAUUGAUGGACAUGAAAUGAUCAAAACAAUAAUUCCUGAUGACGCGAUUCGAUUGAUGAAACAAGAAGACUUUGAAAAUUCUGAAAAAUCCGAAAUUCACAUUGUUAUGAAUUUACCAGCCUAUGCCACUAAUUUCUUGCCAAGUUUCCGCGGAAUUCUGAGAAAUAAAAAUAUUGAAGAAAUAAGUGAGCAAAGAAGGUACAAAUGGAAUGUUUACUGUUAUUUAUUUGCAAAAGUGAGUUUGGCGAAAAUACAUAAAUUAGAGAAAAUAUAAUUGAUUUUAUUUUCAGAGUUCUAUUGAUGUUCCAGAUGAUUGGUUUGAAAAAGAAGCUAGAAGAAUGUGUGAUGAUAUUAUAGAUUGGGAAGAAUCCAUGGUCAAAAGUUGUCAUAAUGUGAGUUUUUUUUUCAAAAAAAAAACUGCUGCGAUAUGUUUAUUUUUCAGAUUCGAACUGUGUCUUCGCGCAAAGAAAUGUUUUGUGUACACCUUGAAAUUCCAUAUUCGUAUCUCACAGCCGAACUAAAAAAUGAGAAUGAACAGGAACCAAUUCCGAAAAAGUCAAAAAUUGAGGAAUAA